UUCGUUCCCCUUAAAUCGGCAAAUCGUCUGUUCUCGCUGGAUCAUUUGGCGAAACGGAUGCUAUCGGGCAACGAUUCUAACAAGCCCCGUAACAGUAUAGGCAGUUAUUAUACAUUCUUAAAGUUACACACCUGAAAACUACAAACCAGACAUGUUUCCUAUUCUAUUUUGCUUGCUUUGGUUAACCGUAAAUGUCCUGGUGGGUGCCAAUGCCCAGCUAUCAUUUAAUUCUUGUACUUGUCCGUGCCGAGGACUAGUUGCGGUCCAAGUGAAUCCUUACUUGAAAACGAACGCCAACUGUGUAUACAUCAAAAGUGUCUACAGUAAGGGAUUCCUGUUCACUUCGGAUGUGGUAAUCGACGGUGAUCGCUACGUUUUCCACGACGUUUCGCAUUACAAGACCGCCAAGCCCAAUUACUCGCACACGGCAUUUUGGAAGAUUUUCUAUCCCUGGAAAAACGUUAGCGACACAGCAGAUGUACCCCUGGCCGUGCAGAAUAUAUUAUCCACGGAGUAUUUGGUGGUGUCGCACAAAAUAGUGCAGUUUACGAAUCGGGAGAUUGUGACGCAUCCCGUGUUGACCAAGUAUUCACUGUGGCAUUUUACAUAUCCAGGGCAGUACUACAAGCUGCAGAACCAGUUCACGAAGGAGUAUCUGUUCUCGGACGAACAACACAGAAGCGGGUGGAACGAAGGCAAAGUUUUCACGGACACUAUCAAGCGCAGCUCAUCGGAUGAUUUUCCCGGAAAAAAAUUUCAGAACAUUUUUGCAGCUGUGUGGAUGAAUAAUUCAAAUGCGAACGUAGCUGGUAAAUCCACGAAUAAUGGCGCAGCCUUGGACGUAUUGCACAAUCAAAAAAGAUGUCGGAGCAGAUGCCGGAAUCAAUUAAUUUACGAGUGGCAUUACAGUGCGGGUCGUGUAAUUUAUACCUUUAUUAAUGUGGCAGGAAAAAGUUGUAAAUUGGUUCGGGAAGCGCACAUAAAAUAAAUCUGGAAUCGUCGUUAUGUUCAAUUA